AACUCCUUCACUUUACUGCUAUAUUUCAGGGCGCCUCACUUUGAUGUCGUUGGACGUCCAUUGUCUCCAGCAUUUGGAGUUAAAAUCCUUGGGCCCUCAGGAAAUUUUGUGUUGAAGGCCUUGAGUUACACACAACCACUGACUGUACAUCAGGAAACCAGGCGAGCAGCAGAGAGAUGUCCUAGAUGGUUUAUAAAUAUUUAAUUUCUAUUUAUUAAAGUGUUUUGCAGUGUUAAAUCAGGAAUUGAAGUUGAGAAGAACUGCUGAGUUGAUCAGCAGUUUGGUUAAAUGGGAACUCAACUGGAUUUUCUCAGUUACCUCUGUUAUGACAUGUCAGAGAAGAUUUUCACAUGUUUGGAUGAUCCGUCUGAUAUUGCGCGUGUGAGCUGUGUUUCUCACUCUUGGCGAAAUUUUGUGAUAGCUAAUGGUUUUGCCAAGCAUCUGUGCUUGAGGAUGUUUCCUCAAUUAUCUAGAGUUGAUCAUGUGGUUGAGUCAGCCUCCAUAACAAAAAGCCUUGUGGCAGUUGGCACUAGUAACAUUGAAUGGGAAACUUUGAAGAAGGAGCACAGAGCUUAUGCCGUUUUGGGUCAACGUUUGAUGUCAUUUCCUGAAAAAAGCAUGGAUAUAGUGGGGGGGAGAGCUUCUUACAGUAAUCCUGUAUGGCCUAUAAUUCUAACUCACAAAUUGGUGGCUGAUUUUUGUGUUGUUACUGAAAUCAGGAAAAAAACUUUCAAAGGUCUAGCUGAUUUCCUGAUGCAGUGGGACUUCCCUAUAUAUUCUGCAAAAUCUGUUCGAUUCCGAAUGGGUCAUCUCAACCCCCACUACAAUGAUAAUCUUAUGAAUGAGUCAUGCCCAGAUUCUCUUGGUGACAAGUUUGUGUGGACUUACACUUCACAAGAGUUUCCAAUGGUUCAGGUGGGUUCAAGUAGCUGAAUUGAUUUUCCUCAUGGCUCCUAGUUGACAUCAUCUUCUUGUUUUGCUAUUAAAGAUGAACAGUAAUAUGAUAAAAUAGUAUUAUCUGCUAGUACUCAUUGCAAUGGAUUAUUAUUUCUCAGUAGGUAGCAAAUGGUGGCUUUUGUGGUUUGGCACUGUUAGUUUAAGUUUCAUUUUUGCUGAAAUUAUUCUUUUCCCUAGUUUUUGAUUUGCAAAAAGAUAAGUCUCUCAAAAGCAGUGAUAAUACUAAUUACUGUACCAUUGACAGGAAAAUUGUUUGCAGAGCUUUAAGCUUCCAGAACCUGU